CUUUCCUCUGCCCCCUCCUCUCUCCUCCUCGUCCUCCUCCUCCUUCUCCUCCUCCUCCUCCUCUCAGGCUGUGGUUUUUCUGUAUAUGUUUCUGGAGUCCUGAGCCUGAGCUAAACAAAAGCAGGAGGCUGACGGGGCUGCUGGAGUUUGCAGAGACACGGAGGAGGAGAGAGCCUGUGCUCUGCCUUGCCGCCGUGGCUGGGGGAGAUCUGGCUUUUGCAACAGCCCACCCCCUUUGAGAUCACUCUGGCCCGGAGUGGGGGUGGGGGGUAGCGGGGGGUGGGGGGGGGAAAGUUUGCAUUGCAAUCCCCCUGCCUUCCUCUCCUUUCUCCCGGCCAAUGCAUAUUUGCAAAAGGAUUAAGCCACAGAUUUAAGCGCCGGGAGCCCAUUUCUGCCUUGCAAAGGAGACGGACUGAAAAACCAAAAGCCAGCUCUGAUUUCUUUUCGUCAAGUGGGAAGGUGGUUUAUUUUUCUUGCUUUUUUGGAGUCAACACCCUUCCCCACCAGUCCUUAUCCCCACCCUCACCCCGCAACCCCUUCACGCCCCCCUCCCCCUCCCCACUCCCCAUCCUCCCACCAUCCUCUAAAGAGGCAAAGGGAUUUUUUUUUUUUUUCUUUUGGUCUUCUUUUUUCCCCCUUCUCUGUUUAUCCUGAAAAGGAUUUGAAGACAGCUUGAAGGAUAAAAAGCCUUGGUGCUUCCCAGGAGCCGAGCCGAGGAGCAGAAGAGGAAGAGCCGGGGGCUGCCGUUGCCUUUGGAGAUGGACGAGCAGCCCAGGCUGAUGCAUUCCCAUGCUGGGGUCGGGAUGGCCGGACACCCCGGCCUGUCCCAGCACUUGCAGGAUGGGGCCGGAGGGACCGAGGGGGAGGGCGGGAGGAAGCAGGACAUUGGAGACAUUUUACAGCAAAUUAUGACCAUCACAGACCAGAGUUUGGAUGAGGCGCAGGCCAGAAAACAUGCUUUAAACUGCCACAGAAUGAAGCCUGCCUUGUUUAAUGUCUUGUGUGAAAUCAAAGAGAAAACAGUUUUGAGUAUCCGGGGAGCCCAGGAAGAGGAGCCAACAGACCCGCAGCUGAUGCGACUGGACAACAUGCUGCUGGCCGAGGGGGUGGCGGGGCCCGAGAAGGGCGGGGGCUCAGCGGCGGCGGCGGCUGCGGCGGCCGCUUCUGGAGGCGCCGGUUCCGACAACUCAGUGGAGCAUUCCGAUUACAGAGCCAAACUCUCACAGAUCAGACAAAUCUACCACACGGAGCUGGAGAAAUACGAGCAGGCAUGUAAUGAGUUCACCACCCAUGUGAUGAACCUUCUGCGAGAGCAAAGCCGGACCAGGCCUAUUUCCCCAAAGGAGAUCGAGAGGAUGGUCAGUAUCAUCCACCGCAAGUUCAGCUCCAUCCAGAUGCAGCUCAAGCAGAGCACGUGUGAGGCCGUCAUGAUCCUGCGUUCCCGGUUCCUGGAUGCGCGGCGGAAGAGACGAAAUUUCAACAAGCAAGCGACGGAAAUCCUGAAUGAAUAUUUCUAUUCCCAUCUCAGCAACCCUUACCCCAGUGAGGAAGCCAAAGAGGAGCUAGCCAAGAAGUGCGGCAUCACAGUGUCCCAGGUAUCAAACUGGUUUGGAAAUAAACGAAUCCGGUACAAGAAGAACAUAGGUAAAUUUCAAGAGGAAGCCAAUAUUUAUGCUGCCAAAACAGCUGUUACUGCUACCAAUGUGUCAGCCCAUGGAAGCCAAGCUAACUCACCCUCAACUCCCAACUCAGCUGGUGGAUACCCUUCGCCAUGUUAUCAGCCAGACAGGAGGAUACAGUGACGGACUCGCAGCCAGUCAGAUGUACAGUCCGCAGGGCAUCAGUGCUAAUGGAGGUUGGCAGGAUGCUACUACCCCUUCAUCAGUGACCUCCCCUACAGAAGGCCCUGGCAGUGUUCACUCUGAUACCUCCAACUGAUCUCCCAGCAGUCGCAUCCCGGCUGACCCUGUGCUCCAGUCGAGGCAGGGCCAGGAGGGAGGGUUUCUCAACGCUGAAGCGGUCAGACUGGAGGUCGAAGCAAUCAGCAAACACAAUAAGAGUCUCCUUCUCUUCUCUUCUUUGGGAUGCUAUUUCAGCCAAUCUGGACACUUCUUUAUACUCUCUUCCCCCUCUUUUUUUUUUUUUUCUGGGUAGAAGCCACCCUUCCCUGCCUCCAGCUGUCAGCCUGGUGUCCGUCAUCUUCCCCGCCCCUUUCCCUCUGUCCUAGACUCCCUGGGUCCCUGCCCUCUCUUACAUCCCUGAAGGAUAUUUUCAACAAUUCUAGGAAUUUAAAGAGGAAAACACAAAGAGCGUAAUAAAAGCAUUUGUUUAUUUUCCUGCUGGUGGUCUGAGGAACCAGAUUUCCCUCCCUUGGUCCCUCGCUCCCUCUGCUAAUGGGCAGUCCUUCUCUGUUUCUCUUGUUUACUCUCACUACCUCUUGGCAGGAAUACGCCACGUUGCCCUGCUCGAUCCAGGCCACCCUGCCUCUUCUUGCUCUUCCUUCCCUGAGGACAAUACUGCUUAGGACACAAUUCCUCCUCUUCCUUCUUGCCCCAGGUAUGCACUGGGGGCUGUCACUGCUGGGCUUCUGCAAGUGCCACAGUUUCUGGUUUUACCCCCACCAGGUUGAUUCCCAGGCAGGAAGUCAGGUAGCAAAAGAGGGCUUGAGGAGCAAGAAGGGCAGGAUUCUUAGAGGCUUUUGCAUCUUUCCAAUGACAGCUCUUGGUCUCAAGAGGCACAGUCUUUGGAGACCGUUCUAUAAGCAAUGUUCAGCGCCUACUGCAGAACCAGGUCUGAGUUAGGCAUGGUGGUGAAUGCAUCCCUAAGGAGCGGAAGGCUCUUAUCCUGCAACCCUUCACCUUAUCCCACCCCUCCCCCCACACACACAGGUAUACGAACAUGUAGACCCGUGCACAGACACACAUUCACUUGCCCCAAAUCAGUCACAUGCCACAUAUGAAUACCUAUGUUAGUAACCAUAGCAUUACACCUUGUGAGCACAAGAGAGCAAUACAACCACUCUGAGUGAAGGUCGCUGACACAGAGAAGCAGUAUGUGCCUGGGGCUUCCAGGUCCCCAGCAUGCACACACCAGAAUGACAUACACAGGACUUGAACAUGGUGGAGGUUAGUUUCCUAAACCGUUGGUGUUCCCACCACCUCUGGAGCUCUUGGAGAGCCACACACAGUACUUCCAGUGUCUGCAGUGCAUUUGGUUCUGUUUCGUUUUUGUGUUUGUGUUAGGGACAGUGCAUUAAUUAUCCAUAGUGUCAUAUGGCACCACAUUCUUGUCCUGGAGAAGAAAGUUGUUUAAGAACAUGGCUGAGACAAACUUUUUGUUUACUUACACAGAAGACCUGAGAGUGAUGGGGAACAGGGAGGUCAUGCUUUCGGUUAAAUCAUUUGUGAUUUUUAUUCCCUGGGAAUAUCUAAGAGUGAGGAGUAUGUACUAUUACACUGUUUUCUAAUUUUACCUGAACUCACAGUCUUCAUAGCCAACUGUGCCAGAAGAAAAGAUGGCAGCUCUGUCACUUGGUUAAAUGGGAAGUGUUCAGAUCUCUUGGUGCCUCAUUUUCUCCAUCUGUAAAAUGGGGGUUAUGCCUGGCUCACCAAGAGACUGAAGAAAUUGAUUUCAUUCAUACCCAGUAUAUAAUUGUGAAGUCAGGGGAAGUAGCUUCCCUAAGAUAAACUGGCCCAUGCCCUGUCCGGAGGAUACAUGGUUUUCCUGUUCUAACUUCUGAUUAGCAGUAAUGCCUGAAGUCGUCACCAUGAGGACAAAGAGCAGAGUCGGUGUUGCUGCUUCUUUUUGUUUGUUUAGGCCUGGCUGGUUUCUUAGAAUAGAGAUAAGUUUCUAAAUUGGAAAAAUGUGAUCUGGUUCUCUUAGCUUGUACUAGAAUCCAACAUGUGGCCUCAUAAGCACUUAGUCCCCUGUUGCAUCUGCUCUGUUUGAGAAAGCCUCUGGGAGAGGUAUAAAGCCCUGAGGGAUGGGGAUGACCAGCUAACAAGGUCAUGGACAUUCUGCACGGCACUACGGUAAUGAUUAGAAAAUGCUCCUGUGGGUGGGUGUUGGGAGGUAGGGGAAAGCAACCAGAAGGUAUGUGUAUUUGAAGGAAAUGCAAAAAGUAAAUAUUUGGCAAGAUGGCAUCAUACCUGGAUGGCUAAGAGGAGUAGGAAGACUGUGUCUACUAACCUGUGCCAUAAUCAGAACAGAGCUUGAUAAAGAGGCUUCCUGGAAGGAACCAUCUUGUGACCAUUCUACAGUGAUUCGAACCAGGGAAGAACUUGGUCUGAGUGGCAGGGAUCUAUUGAAACUACCCACACAGGCAUAUGGUAGGAUUGUAUCCCCUUGACUUGAGGCAAAGUACUUAAGAGACACAAAAGGGUUCUCUGGGAAACAGAUUGCAGAUUUGGUUUGAAUGAUCACCAUUUUAAGCUGAUGAAAGAGAUCAGAGUGGUGCCAUCUUUGCACAGGCAGUUUCUCUCCCUGCAGUAGUUUGCACUGAUGCUCACCCCUCACUGUGUCGUCCCUGCUCAGCUCAUCACACGGCGCUCUUUACCUUCCCCCUCCUCACCCAUGAUCACAUCGGACAUGGUGGCCACCAGCCCUUUUUGUAUUAAGGGAGGUAUGAGAACGCUGACCGCGGAAGGAUGGGUAUGGAAAGAGCGUGCCUCUGGAAAUACAGUUCCCUGGGAAUUCUUAUUAGGUCAGUCAUACAGAUACCAAAAUGUGCCCCAAGAUUCCUUCAUUUUCUGAUGGAAGUGGGAGUACCCCGUUUUCCCUGCAGCCGACUUCCCCUGAGAAGUAAAACUCGCCCAAAGGCUUGCCCACCUUGUGACUCUUCAUCACACCCUCCUUUUCUCCCUAACUCCUCCCCCUGGUGUGGAAUUGACUCCUGUGCAGUAGUUUUGCCAAGUGGCACCUUCUUUACUUUUUUUUUUUGCUGUGGUAGUGUUUUUUUAUUUGCCAAUUGCCUUUUCUCACGUAUCUUUCCCUGCCCCCCUUGCCUUCUGAGUUUUAUUUUUCUGCCCAGAAAAACCUGACUUCGAUACCAAAAAAAGAUGAAACUACAGAAACUCAAAUUUAAGAAAAAAAACUUAAAAAAAAAAACAAAAAAAUACUCAACGAUUCUUUCAGCUUUAUUAACAUUUUCCAUUGUUUCUUGCGACUUGUGUCUCGUUCUUUGUAGUAUUGAUGAUGAACAUUUGAUAAUGAAUGUUCUUGUAUAUUCAGAUAAAGAAAAAAAAAAACCAAAAAAGCGGUCUGAAUUUAAUAGUGUUUAUAAUAAAAAUUUUAAAAAUGACCCUCUUAGCACGCAAAACAGGAUGGGGAAUUUCCCCUCUUCUUUCUGUGACAAUGCACAUCAUUCCUGCAUUAGUUUUUAACACCCAACUACCUACAUUCACCAUUUCCCCCAUUUUUCUUUUAUUUUCUUGCAUUUGUGAAUUAGUUCAAGAAUGCUAGAAAAGUGUCGAGUUGUGCACAUCCAUUUCCUGUUUCACAAUGUUUAAAAGUGACAGUAAUUCAUUUUGUAAACUAAAAAAAAAAAAACGUUUGGAAUAGUGAGCAUAAUAGGUACAGCCUAACAUGUUAUUAUGUUUAUUAACUUUGAGACCCAGAAAUAAAUUCUUUACUUUUCUUUAUCCUGCUCUUUAAACUAUUAAAAAAAAUUGUGUUAUUUUUGGUUUGUUUAUGGGAGGGUGCUUUUUUAAUUUUCAGGAUUAUGAUCUUGGUGUUUUUAUUUCUUAAAUAUGUAUCCGAGGUGAUGUGAAAAGAUGACAUUGGUAGAAUAGGCUGUUUCCAUGUACUUCUGUUUGCUUCGGAAUUCAGUUGACUUCAAAGACAAGCCCCACAAUGAUGUCAUAUGACUCACCUGUAUUUCUGGACUGUGUGGCAUUCCAAAGUCCCUGAGGAAAAAAACAAAUGCAGGGACUUGAAGUUCCUUUUUUCGACCUUUAACACUUCAAGGAAUUGGUCCAGGGUAACUUUUUAUAUUGUGGGGAGAAGUUUUUGCCUUGGUUGAUUGUGAAUGUCACAUUAAAAUGCUUUCUUUUUUUUCUUCCUGAUUGAUAACAACUUUCCACAAAGCCUUUCCAACUAGAGAGGAUUUUUUUCUUCCAGAGGAAUUUCACAGGAGUGAAAUUGUGUACCAUUUCACUGGUGGGCUGUGUACCACUAGCUGAGGAGACUAGAUCCAGGAAGCUGUCCCGAGAGCCAUUCAGCCCGGAGAUAUUUUCAGCCAGACUCAGUGCUGUGCCCCAGUGCUGAGCGGUUAUGCUGGUCUCAUGGGCAGUGCACCUCUCGCUAACUUCUGAUUUAGGCAGCUGCUUAAAGCAGAUUGUCAAACUGGCUUGAUUCGGAAUGUUUUUGUUAAGUUAGGGGAGAAAAGAAAGCAAGGUUAUCUGGAGAAACUUAAUUUAAAUGGUUUUCAUUCCUCAAAUGAUUAAGCAUUCAGAAAGCAGCCAGAACCUAAGCAAAAAAAGUGAGCAACACUUGAGGAAGUGUCUCUACCCUAAUGCAUGAACUCCUGUUUUUAAGUCGUAACAAAACAAUGAUGACGAGCUUUUCACAUCACCUAUAUGAUUUCAAUCCCUAGCUCAAAGCUUUCUGGACUCUGUUAUUUUUUUGUAAACAUUUUUUUUUCCUUUUGUUAAAAUUAAUAAAACAUUCAAUGUUUUCCCCUUUUCUCUCUUAUUCCUUUCUUUCCUUUGACGUUUUCAAUUAUUUUGAAGUGCUUUCCUUUGGUUGUUGGUUUUAUUCUCCCACUCCUCCUCCCCUGUUCUUAUUAUUCAGAGUAUAAACCUGCAAAGCUCUGCUCUGUUUUGGUUUUGAAAAUUUAAGCUUUUCUGCUUCUGCGAGAGCACAGGCUUCUGUCCCUUUUGAUUCCAACUGAAAUUUUGUGUUCUCUAAUGAUACUAACACGGUGUAGGUUUUACAGUCUCCUAAUUUGUACUGGUAAUGCAUAUUCCAAAUAAAUAGUUUCUUUUGUUGCAAAAAAAAAAAAGUA